AUGUCUUUGGAAAACUUGGAGCUCAACCAUACAAACACUAUCAGGAAUGGUAAUGUAGCCAAGCUGCUCACCAGGACAAACUUUGCACGUUUGGAGAAACUGAGGAACAGAACCAGAUAUGUUGCAAGUAGCUGUAAAGACAUCAGAGACAGAUAUCAUGAACAUGAAGAUGGGUUGUACUACCUGACAACAGCCAAUGGCAUGGUCUAUCAGACUUUCUGUGACAUGACCACUGAUGGAGGUGGCUGGACGCUGGUGGCGAGUGUCCAUGAGAACAGCUUUCUUGGAAGAUGCACAGUGGGUGACCGCUGGUCCAGUCAACAGGGCAACAACCCUAACCUGCCAGAUGGAGAUGGGAACUGGUCCAACAGAAACACCUUUGGAACACCAGAGGGUGCCACUUCUGAUGAUUAUAAGAAUCCAGGUUACUAUGAUAUAUCAGCACAAGAUAUGUCUGUGUGGCAUGUUCCUAACAACUUUCCACUGGAGCACUGGAACCUGGCGGCCAUCCUCCGUUACCACACUGAGAACCGCUUCCUCUCCCUGUAUGGAGGGAACCUCAUUCAGCUCUUCAAGCAAUUUCCGGUGAGAUAUAAUGUUGGUUCGUGCAGCGACAGAGGGCCAGCUAUUCCUAUUGUGUAUGACUUUGGAGACGAGGAGUCCACCAGCCAGUUUUAUGGACCAAGAUCAAGAGCGGAGUUUGUACCAGGAUUCAUCACAUUCAGAGCAAUAAACAAUGAACGUGGAGCCAUGGCCCUCUGCUCUGGGGUCAAGCCAACCGGCUGCAAUAAUGAACAUUAUUGCAUAGGAGGAGGAGGGUAUUUCUAUGUCAAUCAGUGUGGAGAUUUUCCUUCAUUUGACUAUGACAGCCUGGGCGGGGACCAAGGCUGGACCGUCUCCAAAGAGAUGAGUGAAGCUGCUGUCUUAUUGUUUUACCGCUAA